AAUGAAUCCUGAUUCUCAUCGCCUCUUACGCUGUAUGGUCUCCAAAGACAUUAUACCGGUGAAGAGCAGCGAAGCAUGGCCUAGAGACAGGCUGGAAGGAUUCUUCACGAUCCCUUGUACAUAGUUGAGGCUCCCUCUACGCAAUUGUUGACAUCUUCAUCUCGCUCACCCCACUGUCCGCUUGCCUGAGCGUAGUCGGUCUUGGCUCGUCACUGUCGCAUCAACAACCCACCGAUCCGCCAUGACAGGCUCUAUGGCCUACUCAUCAUUUCCUCCCUCCGCUUCCAUCGAUCGCUAUGACGCUUAUGAUGUAGGAGACAUCACCUUACAGAGCACCACGUCCAACAUCGACGAUGAGGUCUAUCGCUAUUCGGCAGAAUUCGACAGACAGCAGUACUUUGAAUCCAUGCUCAAGUCACCUUCAGGGUUCGCAGGUCUCGGAGUCAGUAUUCCAGGUAUUCCUAGGUCUGGAUUGUAUGCGCAGGAUGGACUAUGGGAUGAAGACGAUGGCAUCUCCGAUUCGACAACCUUGAGACCCGUCUCUGGAUCUACCGUGGGAACCGGUCAAACGGCUCGACAUAGCUCGAAGGCCUCCCCUUCGACUAUGAAUGCUAGCGCAAGUACCAAGUCGAGGGAUAGAAGCGGUACCGCCAGCAGCGCGGUACAACCUAUCACCUUGGAGUCUCGGGAAUCCAAGAGCUGGAGCUGGAACAGGAAGAGCGCAACGCCUGCAACACCAAUUAUCUCCGAGGUGCCUUCGAGUCCCGCAAUUUCACAGACUCCUGAGUCAAAAAGGGGCAGAGUACAUUCUCUCAAGAGUCAACGAAGCAAGAGCCGACUCCGCGGAAAGGGCAGGAAGGGAGAACUCAGCGUAGAUGUCGGCAAUGACCCGGAUGAAUCUGUGAGUAACAAAUCGUGACGCGGCGUUGAUGUCAGUUUGAGGCGCCGCCUCGAUUGCCGCCAACUCCUGCGUCAUUCGUCUCCUCUGCCUCUCCUGCCCUUUCAACGGACUCAUUCCUGUC